ACUGGCAGCAAAAAGCCGGUCGAUAACCUUGCCUUGCUUCCUCCGAGUCCCCAUCUCUUGAUCUUCCCUUCCUCCCUGCCGUUGCCGGCGAAAGAAACAAACGAGACAACCCCCGACGCCAAGGCGGCCGCCGGGAGACGAUCGCACCGGCGCCCGUCCGAUCCAAGCACGCGUGGUCCCUUUUUUCUACUAUAGCCUCUAGAUGAUUCCAUGGGAACUCCAGAUGAAAUGAUGGCAUACUCUUCCCUGUCAAAAAUUGAUACCAGCCAGAACCAGAGAGCUGCUCUGUCCAAUGUAGUUGCUGGAAACAACUACCCGCCUCAGGAUUAUCUCUAUGAGCCAUCAUUUGAACCAGACUUCCCAGAGUAUGAUUCGAGGGACGAUCCGUUCACUCCGACACGAGCUAGUCCAAAAGUCAAUCUGAAGUCUGUUCUAGGUGGACUGGUUUCAAUCGUCACGGGUGCAAACAAGAGCGAGGACGAUGCAUCGCAGCAGCAAAGUUUCAGCACAGAUAUAUCGUUUCUUGGAUCUGGCAAUGAUGGUGACGUUGAUGUGCACCCAUCUGUCUGUGUUCCAAGUGCACCACCACUGCUUGAAGCAAAUGCUUUGCAAUAUAGUGCAUACAGGGAGGUGUUGCUAGCGGAUCCACCAGAGUGGUUGCCAGAUAGCUCUGCUAAUGCCUGCCUGCAGUGCAACUUGCCUUUCACAGCUCUGACUCGUGGAAGGCACCAUUGCCGGUUCUGUGGAGGUAUAUUCUGCAAAGAUUGCUCCAAGGGAAGAUGUUUGAUGCCCAUGAAAUUCAGAAUUCGUGAUCCUCAGAGGGUUUGUGAUGCUUGCUAUGAGAGGCUUGAUCCACUUCAGGGCCUAUUGAUCAACUACAAUAGCAACUCCAUGCAGCCAGCAAAACAUGACGUCAUGGAUUGGACAAGCACUAGAAGCUGGUUGAACAUGCCUGUUGGUGUAUCAAUGGAGUAUGAAAUAUACAAGGCUACAAACACAAUGAAGAAAUAUUGUCAGGUUGCUAGGUUAAACCCUGAGAAGUCCAUCCCAUCAUCUAUUCUCAAGGGAGCAAAGGGACUUGCAAUUCUAACAGUCGCCAAGGCGGGUGCAGUUCUUACAUACAAAGUUGGCACUGGUCUUGUAGUUGCUCGCAGAUCAGAUGGAUCAUGGUCUGCCCCGUCAGCAAUUUUAUCUGUUGGACUGGGAUGGGGAGUGCAGAUCGGAGGAGAACUGACGGAUUUUAUCAUUGUGCUUCGUGACCGUAAAGCUGUUAAGGCAUUCAGCAGUCGCAUUCAUCUUUCUCUUGGGGCAGGAUUGAGUGCUGCAGCAGGGCCAAUAGGCAGAGCCUUUGAGGCAGAUGUUCGGGCCAGCGAAAAAGGUUCCGGAAUAUGCUACUCCUACAGCUGCAGCAAAGGUGCGUUUGUUGGGGUUUCACUGGAAGGGAACAUUGUGACAACCAGAUCAGAGACCAAUCUUCGUUUCUACGGCGACGCUUACCUGACCACAACCGAUAUCCUGUUUGGGAGGGUGGAGAGGCCCCGAGCCGCCCAGCCCCUGUACUCAGCUCUAGACGAUCUGUUCUCCAAAAUGGUCUGCUAGUUCAUUUAGAUUGGUGCGAUACGCUGCUGCAUGCCUCGGUUGUUAGCUUGCAGCCAUGUACAUAAACAUAACAUGUCAGGAAAAUCCUAAAAAAAUAAAAGAUGCCAGGAAAAAAAUGUACAGCUUUUGUUGGAUGGGUUUCACUUUCACUACUGAUAUCAGCAGACACUUGUAAAUAUUGGCAGAAUAUUUGGUACGCUGCCGUGUGCCGUUGUGGACUCAUUCACGCAAUGGAAGACUGAUAGAUUUGUUGGUUAGUUUGUGAUUAGAGUGUUUGA